AUAUUCCUCCCUCUUGUGAUUCAAAGGCUGCAGCCACCUUUGAAACCUGCUCUCUCCCUCCCACCCACCUCCUUCUCUCUCUCUCUCUCUCUUUCUCUCUGUGUAUAUAUAUAUUCCAAAUAUUUCUGUGUUUUCUCCUUCCUGAUUCCAUUUUCAAGUCUGCUAUUUCCAGAGCUAAUCCCAACAACCCACACAUAAUGAAGAAGUUUGUUCUGAGAUUGGAGCUAUCAGACUCCAACGACAAACGCAAGGCACUGAAGACCAUAUCUGCUCUUCCAGGAAUAGAUGAAAUUGCCAUGGACAUGAACAGUAAGCAAGUAACAGUGAUUGGAAACGUUGAUCCAGUGACUGUAGUAAGCAAACUUCGCAAGUAUUGGACAACUGGCAUCAUCUCUGUAGGGCCAGCAAAAGAGCCAGAGAAGAAAGAGGAGCCAAAGAAGGAAGAGCCUAAGAAAGAAGAACAACCUAAGGAGGAAGGAAAGAAAGAGGAAGCAAAGAAAGAAGGAAAGAAAGAUGAUGAGAAGAAGGAGCCAGUUGUAAUCAUGCCAUACAGGCAAUACUAUUAUCCUCCAGUGAACUCAUACUACAAUUAUGCUCACCACCACAGCAUUGAAGAGAAUCCCAAUGCAUGUGUCAUCUGUUAAAUCCGGGCCCGAGAAAAAAAAAAUGAUAAGUGUAUUAGCAGAUAGUAAAAUUUCCGAUCGAUCCUUGGUCUUAAGUUUUUAAUAGUAGCCAAGAAACUCACCAUGUGUACAGCUGUUGAUCAUCAUAUUCUAUUUGUGUAUUCAGAAUCAAGUACUGUAUGUUGUGCAGAGAUCCAAAUAAACAAAAUUUUUGAGAUCA